ACUAAAUGUAGUACAUAUAUCAGAUUGUUUUCUGUCAACAUUGUUGGCAUUUUUAUUAACGUCGUCGCUUGAGGGACUCCUGGCCAGGAUCGAUUAGUUUUUUCAGCGUAAAAUGAGUGCCCCAAGUGUUUUAUAUGGGAUACAAAGUACCGCGGGUGCUGUUCCCGUUCGAAAUGAGAAAGGUGAGAUUUCUAUGCAGAAAGUGAAGGUGCAUCGCUACAUUUCUGGAAAGCGGCCGGAAUACGCUCAAGGAAGCAGUUCGGAGGACGAGUCGGACAUUGAGGACUUCAUAGAUCAUAGAAAGGAAAAAGUACGCCGAGAAGAUGCAGAACAAACAGAAGAACUGGCCAGUCGCGAACAGCAGCCCGAGGAGGAGGAUGAUCCUCGCCUCAAAAGGCUCAAAGCGAAACAACUGGAAGAAGAGGAAACCGAAGACAGACUGGCUCGGCAUCGCCAUAUCCACGAACCUGAAAUCGUAGAAUCCGAUGAAUCUGAUAAGGAAGAUGUCCCAGAAGCAGAACCCGUGGAUCGAUCGAAAAAAAUCACUCUAGGUUCGGACAGUGAGUCCGAUACUGAUUUGAGCGACACCGAAAUCGAAAACAGAAGGCAGAUUCUCAGGGAGCGAAUGUUACGUCAACAAAAGGAAGAAGAGGUUUUGCAAAAAGAAGAAGAAAAACAGUCGGAGUCGUCGGAUUCAGAAAGUUCGGAAUAUGAAGAAGAAACUGAAAGCGAAGAGGAUAAUGAGCCACGGCUGAAGCCUCUCUUUGUUCGGAAGCGAGACAGAGCGACCAUUAUUGAAAAAGAAAGAGAGGCUGCGAAACAGAAGCAGGUGGAGAUAGAAAUGAAGAAGGCUGCAAAGGAGCGAAGACGACAAACGCUUAGAUUAGUUGAGGAAAGCGUUAAAAAGGAUUUAGAGAAGGCAAAGCCCGACAAUAUAGAGCCUAAUCUAAAUGAUGUGUGCACUGACGAUGAAAAUGAUGAGGUGGAGUAUGAGGCAUGGAAAUUGCGGGAAUUGAAACGCAUCAAGCGCGAUCGAGAAGAAAAGGAACAAACUGAGAAAGAAAAGCUGGAAAUCGAGCGCAUGCGCAAUAUGACAGACGAAGAGCGGCGCCAAGAACUGCGACAAAACCCAAAACUUGUUACAAACAAAGCGAUCAAAGGAAAGUACAAGUUCUUGCAGAAAUACUAUCAUCGUGGUGCCUUCUAUCUGGACGAAGAGGAUGAUGUCCUUAAACGAGACUUCGCACAAGCUACUUUGGAAGAUCAUUUCGACAAGACAAUUCUACCAAAGGUGAUGCAAGUCAAGAACUUUGGUCGAUGUGGUCGAACAAAAUACACGCAUCUAGUCGAUCAGGAUACUACACAGUUCGACUCGCCGUGGUAUUCCGACACUGCUAACAAUAUCAAAUUCCACAACGAAAAAGCUGGUGGCAUGAAGCAAGUGUUCGACAAGCCAUCGCUGUCCAAGCGAAAGAAAAUGACCUGAGCAUUGCUGAAGGGCACACUAAUUUUAGUGAUAUUUUAACACAUGUUUUUAAUAAUUAUAUCUUUGCUAGAAUAUAACCGUUCGUGUACUUCCA